CGUGCCAGGCCGGCCCUUGUACUACGUGGACCUCAAUGGCAGGCCUCCAGUCGUGUCUCAUGCUCCUCCUCUUCAUCGUCAUUCCUCUCCUCCUGGCCAGCCUUUCUUGUAGACGUGUGAAGGCGUCCACUGCCGUCCGAUGAAACGACCGGACUAGCAUGUUAAAAUCAUGUUGCUAACCGAACUCUUUGCUGGAUGAGCGAUCAAGAUACUGAUGAUCUUGUUCGGCCUGCUGACUGAUGCUCAUCCAGACCUGGCUCCAAAGACUCGACAAGCAAGCCCUCAUUCCGUCCUCCAGGAUGACUGCUACUGACAAAAACAAGAUUUUGCGUCAUCCAUCGACGGGGGAUUGCUGCUGAAACCUUGGGACGGAUCCAUAGCUGCCUCUAAUACGUUCCUGGCCUGGAACAAGCUUGCCUGCUGGAAUCGCAGUUGUGGUAGUAGCCCAACUCGUAGUACUGGUGGUGGUGGCUUCAUCAUCUUCUAGAAUCGCCGCAGGGUCGUCGAUGUUAUUAUGGAAACCGAAAUUAGUCGGGAAAUAGACCUUUGGAGCCUUUGAUAACCGUUGAGCAUUGUGCCAAAGACUGAGCUCAAGUUGAAAUUGGUGUUGUCGCGAGUUGAAACAAGAACAGCUCUCUAGGGGAAAGGCAUCUACAACAUUUGGAGUUGGCGUGAUAUGAUGCAAUAUUUACUACAAUAAUCGAUCGGAUUUUCAAGAGUAUUCGUCAUCGCGGAGGCUUGGUCGUUGACUCCGUACCUAAGGUGAUGCAAUAGGUUUCCCAUUGACUUCAUCAUCAUCAUCAUCAUCAUCAUCAUUCGGCCUUUAACUCACCUCAAGCCAGUUCUUCAUUGAUACUCUUCGUGCAUCUCAAUCAUCAUUGAGAACCAAUACUGUCUUCACCAUGGUUGAUGUAUCACGAAUUUACAUUAGCCAACCCAUGUUGGGCAACCAUUCCCCCACCCCCAUCCUACCCAAGCAGACUGUCAACAUCCAACCUCUUUUUCGGACCCUCCUACCUGAAUACCCCUCGUCUCAACCACCCACUUCCCAACAACCUCAAAAUCAACAACCCCAACAACCCCCACCUCUGUCUUACCUCGUGGUAGUAAGUAGCCAAGCUCAGGAUUUGACCAUCAAAUCGGACAAUGCCGCUCCACUAGACCUAUCCUGCAAACGCGAAAACCUGGAUAUCCAUCCCAGGUCCGGGUCGUGCUCGUCCAAUGCUUCAUCUUAUUCCAGCAGCUCCAUGGACGAUGAGCGGCGCAUGAAGAGGAAGGAGCAGAACAAGGCUGCGGCUCAAAACUACCGUCAAAGGAAAAAGAGCUUCUCCGAGCUCAUUGAGGGCGAGCACGACCUCCUGGCCCGCCGAAAUACCCUGCUCAAGGCCCACAAGAACAAAUUGGAGAUUCAAAUCCGACGCAUCCGUGACCUCUUGGACGAUGUGGUACGGGAAUCCAAGCAGGAGCCUCCUUACCCAGAAGUCCAUGACACCGGUAGUAUGAGUGACACAAUGUCGGAGCCGGUGAGGCCUAUGGGGCAACGGGUCGACUUGGAUCUGUGUCCCAUUAAGAGGGCUCGGAAGUACAGCCUCCCGUCGAAUGUGGGUGAUAUUCGUGAGCGGAAAAAGGAGCAAAACCGGUUGGCAUCGCAACGUUUUCGUCAACGGCGGAAGGUGGAGAUGAGUCACCACGAGGAUGUGGCGGGAAGUUUAGAAUCCAAGAACAUGAACUUGAAAAAGAAGUGUGACGAGAUGGAGCUCAAAAUCCAACUCCUCAAAGACUUCUUGAGCAAAGUCAAUGCAAACAGAACAGCAGCAACAAGUAAUGUAACUACAGCGUCGCCGGCAAUUAUUAAGCCGGUGACGACACUCAAUACAAUUACUAACAUACCAACGUUACCUGUCACUAUCCCGGGUACGCCUACUUGUGAAGACAAUGUCUUCAUGAGGGGCAUUGUACCUGGAACCUCCCCUGUCAAUGCAGACAACACACCUCUCACUUUGUAAGAUCCAAAUGUACAAUUUCCACUUUUCGAACUCUUUUUCUCCAAACGUCUUGUAAGUUUGGUGACCCACACAGCCACUCCGAAUACCUGAUUCACCUAAAUAAUUAUAUAUUGUACUUGGAAGAACCGAGAGAGCAAGAAUUAUUAACCUCAAAGAAAAUCUGUCCUCCUACUUCAAACUGGUGUUACAAAAAAUAUAUUUGCGAUGGACACUUC